ACAAAUGAACUAACUAACGAUCAAAUACGAGAAUUACUGAACGACAACAACUGCACCAGGCUGAUGUUUGAUGAGGUACUUACGCUAUUAAGAAUUGUGCUUUCACUGGCCCAAAUUUAUUUUGAAAAAUGAUAAAAUUAAAGAUGCGGUUGUUAGGUUAAAGAAGUAGCUAGUAACUGUAAAGGAUUGACAAUGACAGCAAUCUCGACAAUUUUUCUAAAAGUCAAACUUGAGUAUAACUAAAAGUGAUAACCACAUCUUCAUCAUUUUAGCAAAUUAUUUCCCUUUUUUAUUUUUUUUAGGAGAAGGCAAUUUUCCUGUAUCAUGCGAACGUUUCAAAGGAAUAUCAGAAGCAUGAAAAUAUUCAGGACACCAUGGAGAAAAUUUUGAUCUGUAUUUCAAUAGCAGCUGUUAUUCUUGCACUUACACUUUUUUCAGCCUUAAGGUGAGAAAUACUGCCCCUCUUCUGCGUCCUUGAUUACAGCAGAUCAACCUUCAAAGUAUGGUAAGGCGAGCUGCUUACGAUUAGUGUACAUCUCACUGCAGCUGAUGAAAGUUGAGUCGCCAUAAUAGUAAUAAAAAAAGGUUAUGGUCUUAAUGAUGUAAAACGAUUGGAUCUUGUAUUCACUGGUACCCAUAUCUCACUCACGUCUCCGUUCCAAGAGUGGUGGGGUAUGGGAUAACCGUAACGUUGCUUUAAAAAGGCUUUAACAAAAUUGGAAUAGAUUUACAUGGGAGUAAUCAAUUUAAGAAUCUGAAUAGUUAUCUUAAGAUAGCAGUAUUUUUUCAAUUGGGCUGGAAAGCUCUCAAAACUCUAAAAUCUAAAUCAUGUGAUAAGUAUGUGUAAUCAAGUGGUGACGAGUGAAAUUAGGGAAUAAUUUCACGCGCGUUUUAAGGAUUUGGACAAAACGCAAGUGAAAUUAUUUCCUAAUUUCACGAGUAUACCAUUUGAUUACCUAUUAAUAUCAUGGGUGAUGAAUUACGUUAGCAAUCUUGGAUUUUUGACAUGUUUAUCCUGGAUCAUAUCGAUCGAGAACUCCACUCUCUCAAAUGUUUAGGCCUUAAAUUUGGCUUGUAAAGUUCAGAAUUUUACAGACUUUUUCGGCAAAAUACCUGUUAGAGUCCUUCUUGAUGUUCAUUUGUGUGUUCAGGUUUUCUAAAGCGUCUUUUUGUGCUCUGACAUCUUCAUUCACGGCAUUUUAAAACUUCGUCGCCAUCUUGACACUGACACGUACGGAAGGUUGCCAUGGCAAUUUUGUAAUUUCACAUGUGAAAUUACAAAUUAUCGCUGAAAUUUCGCGUCAAAAUUAAGGAGUAACUCGUCACCUAUGAUAUUAAUACUGGAACAAAUUUUGACCUUACAAAAUUAACUGAAAAGAGUAAUAUCCUUUCUACCACCCUACAAUUUCUUCUUCUAAAUCCGGAAGCUUUCAUUAGUUAUAUUUAUUUAUUUCACAGAUUGAAAAAAUCUGAGCGCAUAUUUAUACACAAGAGUCUUCUCGUGUCGCUGGGUGUUGGAAAUCUGGUUUAUGUUUUGGACAUUUUGUUUUUUACAACGAGAGAGGAAAAUGUGGUAAGUAAAAGAUUUUAUUAUCCCCUUUACUUCGAGCGAUUUUCAAAGUUAUUCAGCAUUUUUUGGUCAGAUUUGGUACUUUUAAUGCUCAAAAGUGGAUUUUCCUUGAAAACUUGGCACAUGAACUUCUAUUAACCCAUUUGCUCUUGGUAAUUUUACUUUUUCUUGUUCCAUUCUGACUAUAAAGAGCCAAAACUGCCCAAAACAUCGUUUACUGGUCGAGCAGUUCUCUGCCGUCUGUUCCAGAUGGAAAACAUUAGCUUCCGAACUUCGGACAUGCGCGGAAAUAGAAAUUUCGACUUUAACCUUUCGCUUCCCCUCCCUCCCCUUUUCCCCCUCUCUUUUCAUGCCCCCCUCUUUUAUUUUGCUGGGGAUUUACUAGGCUUCAAUUCUGCCGCAACAGCUUUUCGGAAGGCUUUUAGGAUUUUAGGAUAAGAUGGAACGAAAUGCAGGUGGGUAGUGGGACAAGAUUUUUAUCGCAAUUUUCGGGUCAACGUUAUACAUUGUGUUUUCUCUUUUGUCCGGCCUCCUUGACUGAAUCGUGUUCAUUCUCGUAUGGUUUGUAAGAUCUCUUUCCCUUGCACAAGUUAGAUGACAAAUUUUCCCUUGACCGUUAAAACUGAUGACGUCACAAGGACUACAAGGGACGUGGAUCCGCAAGAGUCGUUGUGGUUACUGCCGGUUUAGGAACAAAUGGGUUAAGCCAAAAUUAAGUUAGUUACUCUGGCCAAUGAAAAUGAAGAAUAAGACAUCUAAAGAGCCCGUCAUCGAGCGCCAAGAACGGGAAGACACACGUUAUAGCAGGUGAUGAUCAUAGUGGGUUUUGCUUUUACUCUUUGAUACAUGUCACGCUCAGAAAAAGGAGCGGUUACUCUGCCCAUCAAAUCGUUUUGAAAUGCAAAACCAAAGCAAGUAAAUAGUUGCGCCAAGUUGCAAAAUAGUUUCGACAUUUAAUCGAAGGCUGGUCAAAUUAAUAAGUAAGAGGUAUACUUACCACCUGUCGUUUUAGAACGUUCCCUAUUGCUGAAUUUGUUUGUUCUAAGUGAAGUGACUCCUCAGACUCCUUCCUACCGUGUUUCUUCCUUUGUUGCAAUGUCAAGAGACAGAUUCUGCCCACUUUUCUCAAUAUCAUUUCCUUUAAUAUUAGUUGUGAGAAUACAUCGAUCACGGUAGUUCCUCUUGAUUAACGGUCCCCUUAAUUAUCAUGACUUGUUUUGUUUGAUCAUGGCUAAUUACUCAGAGGGGAAAGAUAAGAAUGUCUUACUUUUCUUUCUCUAGGCUUUUUGUUCAGCAUUGGCGGUCAUACAACAUUAUUUUCACACUGCACUAUUUACUUGGAUGUUGGUGGAAGGAGUAAACCUUUAUAUUAAAUUGGUCAAAGUUUACUCUCUUAAAGAACAUUACGCAGGAUACGCAGGAAUGGGAUGGGGUAAAUAC